AUGGAGAAACUGGAUGAAGUAACCGUAUCCAUCCUUAAAGCUGCAAGCAUUGACGAGCGAAUGCUUUUAACAUUGAACCGUGAUGAUCUGAGGGACCUGUUUCCUGGGCCUGAGCACUUUAUCAGAAGAAAACAUGUGUGGUCAAUAAUUCAUCCUGAGGAAGACCAUCCUGUACCACAGAAACCUGAAACAACUUCACCCAGAGUUGCAACAGCCAGCCCUCGAACUGCUGAUGCGUAUAAAAGCCCGCUGAAAACCUUGCAGCUACCCAGUCCUCCGGAAUAUGUUGUCUACACAGACACAAGCAAAGACCAAAUGGAGCGAUACCCCUCUAAGACCGAAAUCACUGCAAUGGCAAAAAGAAUUGUGGAAUAUUAUCCUAUGCUGCAGGAUCAGGAUACUAGCGUGAAACAUGAGAGCAUUAAUGCCAAGUUGCAAAAAAGGCUGCAAAAUAUAAAAACUCCAACCAAAAAGCAAGGACCAACACCUGACAGGGGACGGCCAAAGAGAAGGCUCACUGACCUCUCUCCGAGUGAUAAAGAAGCUGAUGAUGAAGAUGCUGAUUGCAGUUCUUCCAGUGGUGCAUCUACUCUGCUGUUAUCGCCCGCCAGCAAUUCUGAUGAUGCCUCCACUUCAUCUGACAAGGAUAGUCUGCUAAUACAAGCAAGACAUUACAAAACAUUACAAGAAAUGUGCAAGAAGCCAAAACCGAACCAAGAUGAUGUGUCCCAGCUAUUAGACCUCGAGUUUGAAGCCAGAAGAGCCUUCAUUGACUCUGACUCCAUGAAGGAGGAGAACAGAGCGUCACUCAUCUUGGAUGCAUAUCCUUGCUUCAAAGAAUUGCAUCAUGCGUUGGGUGAGCUGCGCAGAAUUUUGGAGCCAGAAAACAAGAAGUUCAUAAGUCAGAUAAAACUAAGAUGGGAGGAAUUCUGCUCCAGGGUAGAAUUCUAUGGCGUGUCAAAGAAGGCAAUGAAGCCGCCGAUGACCAUGGACAAAACUGAAGCCCACCUUGCAUUGAUGAAGGCUCUUCCAACGCUCUUUCCCUCACCUGCCCAUCCACCAAAAAAGAUGGGGACUCCUUGUCAAGCGUUUCUACAUGUCCUGAAGCCUACAGAAGAUCCAGAUUCUGUCCUCCAGAAACGAAGCUUGCCAUGUCCAGUAGUGGUGUUCGAUGGCAGCAAAAGUCUUAAACUGGACAAAAGAACCAAGAACUCCGACUCCAAACUGUAG